AUGGAUACCUUCCACUUUUUCCCACGGCUGCCGUUCGAGAUCCGCGCACGAAUAUGGGAGCUCACCAUCGAGCCUCGCAUCGUAGACGUUUCUGUCUCCCAAACCUAUCUAUGGCGAGGGGCACCUCUUCCGGUGACGUCUACGCCUGUGCCAGCUCCGCUACAGACCUGUCAAGAGUCCAGACGCGAGCUGCAGAGACACUACGAGCGAGGAUUCACCGGAAUUGAUGACCCUCCUCACGUGUUGGAGCCUCAGCAGUAUGUUUGGGUAAAUUUCGAUAUGGACAUUAUCGACGUUGGUCGAUAUUCGCAUUUCGAUGUCUACGAGAAGGUGGCGUCGAUGGUACAGAGGCUGAGGUUCGAAGCUGAGAACCACUAUGAUCCGGUUUUCGAUUUUGGUAUGGAGCGUGCUAAGAUAUUCAGCAAUGCGAAGGAGAUCUAUGUCGUCUGCAAAUAUGGUUUGACCCCCUGGUGGGGUGCGCUCGAAGACUACUAUUGGCCGUGCGGUGGUGAAAAUGUUUGGUUCAUUGAUCCGAACGAUGGCACAAUGAUGAGGGGAGCUGAAUUAGAUGAGAUGGUUGAGAAGGAGCGCAGAAAGCGCAUAAUUGCGGAGGGAUAUGAUCCUGAUACUGGCCUUCCGAUUGAAUACAAAGCAUAUGCUUCCCAGAAGCGGCAGGUCUUCCGGCUGAGGUCAGCAUUGAACUGA